AUGUCUCACACGUACAGACAGCCCCACAUUGUAGCCGCCACCCACCCUGCGCAGAAACGUCGCAGCCCCGCGACAAGGCCGUCGCCGCCCCCGCCAACGCCAGGGCCGUCGCACCCACACACGCGAGUCUCGGUCCGCAAAAAUCGCUAUCUGGUGGCACGCGUAGAUUCAGACAAUCUUACGUCCAGAAUCGCGAUUUUGAUUACGGAGGAGUGGAUUGACUCUGGACUGUUAUGGGAUUCAAAUAGCAGAGUGGCUUUCAAUAGCAGUUACAAUGGGGAAUUUCUAGCACAAGGGUACAGAAUUCGGGAUUAUUGCAAUGAUGAAAUUGAGAAACCUGAAGUAUUAUAUGCCUAUUAUUAA